UUUUUAUGAAAUUAAUAUUGAAAAUGGAAGAUUUUGCAUUUGAAGAAAAAUACCCUCAAUUUGACUCAUAUGAUCCUAACAAGCUCCCUUGAGUUGAGAUUUUGAGGGAUUUAGGAAUUGAUCCAAGGAAAUAUCUCGGAGGAAAAGGCCCAAAACUGGUCAUGCCUUGUGACUACUUUGAUACUCAGAAAAUUAAGGAACAAGCAGUAGAAGAUUUCAAGAAAUUAAUGAAAACUUUACCAGAAAUUCCUGAUGAAGUUGCAAAAUCUGAGGAGUAUCAGUCUAUUGGGAAAGCGAAAGAAAUAAAACCUAUUAAAUAUACAAAUUUUGGAGAUGAUGCUGGAGAAGAUGAGCUUGAAGAAGUCCUUCUGGAAGAGCCUCCAUCUCCUCGAAGACAGAAAAUUAAAUCAACCAAUGGGUUCUUUAGUGAAAGCUCCUCAGAGGUCUUAGAGAUAACUAAGUCACUUGUUGAAGAGCAUAAAGAGACAUCAGGAAAUAAUGACAAUAAGCCUGAACAGGUUGAGCCUCCUUCUAUGUUUGAUCUCCUACGAAACUUAGAAGAGGAAAAUAAAGCUCAAGAAAAUAUUUCUCCGAAUGAAGCCCACUCUCUCGAUGACAGUUUCAACAGUGAUGAUGUUCUUGAAGCUCUGGAUGCAAAAGAUGACGAGACCCAAACAGCAGCAGACACCGAACUGAAGACGUUAGAUAACAUGAAUGAGGAAGAAUUUCGUCAUGAGAUAGAAUCUGUCCUCUUACCAAACCUGAACUUAGAGACAAGUUUGGCUCUUUCAUCAAGCCCGAAGGAUGAACUUGUUUCUGACAAGAAGCCUGAAUCUAAAUUUGACCUGAUGAAAGAGAUCCAAAGCUUAAAAAGUCACCCGAAGCAGGACGAAGAGUCAAAGGAAGAGAAUACCUUCAAGGUAAACACAGAGUUGAACAACAACUUCCAGGAUAUUGUAGCUGUAAAGAUCCGUGAAGCAGAAAUCCCUACUUAUGUAUCUGAUGAAGAGGAAGAGAAGGAACAAGAGGAGCCAGCAGAGUAUACCGAGGUUAUGAAGUUUGAAUUUUAG